GACGUCGCCCAGCCUGACAGGUCACACAAGGGCAAGAGGGACGGACAGCGCGAGGAGCAGCAGCGACUGCUGGGGCUGAGCAGCGAGCGGCUGGGGCAGCGCGUGCCGCUCAGUGAACAGCUCGCCAGGAUUCUGGGCUACGUCAUCACCUCCAUGGAGGAGAGCUUGGACGAGCGAGCCAGGACCAAGAACUCUUGGCCGGCGCCUCUGGCUGGUCAGAUGUUGUCGGUGCUGGCGACGUGCGGCGGCCUGAAGGAGGGACGCCAUCUGCUGGAGCUCGUCAGCAAGCACGCAACUGUCGUCGUCGGGGAAAUACCAGCUGAUGACGUGCAUAAGCUCUGCUCAGCGGCUGUCAAGCAAGGGGACAUCUCCACAGCUAUGAUGUGCGUUUCGUACGUACGCACGCACGACCCCGCGUCAGCGCCGGCCUUGGCUGCCGAAAUAGCCAGCUCGGGGCAGCCUCUGGAGCCCGCGGUCCGAGCGAGGCUCUCCGUACUUUUUGGCAAUGACAUCUUCGCCAAACAGUCUAGUGAGAAUAAGGGUUCUGAAGCCAUGAGUGAAUCGAGCUCAUCAAGCGACGACAGCGAUUCCGAUUCCUCCUCAUCAGACGAUGAAACAUCAAACGCGAAGAAGGCAUCCAUUGAGCCGGCAAUCGAGCCCAAGCCACGUAAUUCGUAGAUUUGUUCAGAUUUUGUACAGUAGAGGAUAAUAAAAUCGUCUUGUACA